AUGGACGAUAACGAGAAGGCCAGGUCCAAGGCCAGCCGCUCGUCAUCGCAGCGCGCGGCGGGCAAGAAGAGCAAGUCGGCUCGCAAGGGCAAGGGCAAGGGCAAGGGCAAGGGCAGGACGUUGCGAGCUUCAAGGCAGAGGCGGCGAUCGCGCCACAACUCGGACGAAUCUUAUCAGUUUGUCGAGUACGACGUAACGCUCAAGGCGGGCUCGUCGUCGUCGUCGUCGUCAUCGUCCUCAUCCCCGUCGGCCACGCUCUCCUCGGACGAUGACAGGACAAUAGACUUUGAGGACUCGCAGCCAGAGCUUGCAGUGCGAGCCGGCGUGACGAAGAAAAAGCGGCGGAAGCGGCGGAGAACGGCAAGCGUGUGACACUCAAGUCAGCGUCGCGAACCGCAACCGCGUCUGCCAGUGGCGCCGGGUCGGACGAGGCUAGCGAUGAGUCACCAGCAGGCGGUAGUGCAGCGGUGGGCCUCUCGCGCUGGC